AUGUUUUUCGGGAUACCAGGUCUGGAUAAGUUCAUCUCAAGUGUUGCCAUUUCACAACUUGAUGACUUGCCUGAUCGCUGCAAUUAUUUUUAUACAGUAUUGGUAUUAUUAUUUUUCUCACUGCUUAUCGGCACUAAGCAGCAUUUCGGUGCGCCAAUUCGUUGUCUUGUCGAUCGGCAAUACUCAGGCUCCUGGAUUGGUUAUGUACAUGAUUAUUGCUUCAUAUCAGAACGUUAUUCGUUAACUCCACCUGAAUAUGAAGCAGAGGAACUUGCUCUAUUCGACCCAACUCACGAGAAAAAGUAUGAAAAUUAUUACCAGUGGGUGCCAUUUCUUUUGGCUGCUCAAGCACUAGCCUUUUAUGUGCCGCAUUUUUUGUGGAGAUGGUUUCAAAAAUUAAGCAAUUUGGAUAUGGCUAUCGCAGUAGAUGAAUCAAUUCGAAUAUACAAUAUGUUCGCAGGUGAACGCAGUAAAGCUGUGAAAGAUCUGGUGCGAUAUCUUGAACAGUGUGUCGUUUAUCCAAUUCGGCGUUCCGUUUUUAUGAGCUUCACACGUAUUGCUCUUGUUGGAUGGUACUCAUCGCUCGUUUACAUGCUUGAAAAAUUGUUAAAUAUUGCAAACACAAUCUUGCAACUUUAUGUCGUCAAUACAUUUGUAGGCGAUGGGACAUUAUUUUGGGGAUAUCAGUUACUCAAAGAUCUUUGGACGGGUCAGGACUGGACGACCACUGGAUAUUUUCCGCGAGUAGUACAUUGUGACUAUAUGAAGCAUGAACUUGCUAACGUGCAACGCAAAACAGUUCAGUGUGCGCUUGCAAUAAAUAUACUUAACGAAAAGGUAUUUGCAUUAAUGUCUGCAUGGCUGUUGCUAUUGCUUGCGAUCAAUGUUGUCAGCGCAGUUUAUACAGUCACCGUAUUAUUCAUGCCAACAUUUCGCGAACGUUCUAUAUUAAAUUAUCUCCAGGCUUUCGUUUACAUAGAAGAAUCGCUCGAUGAUAACCUCUCUGAUAAUGAUGAUGACUUUUUCGAGAACGAAUUAUCUGGGGACAAUCUCUCGAACAUUACAGGCGUUUCAUUUCAUUCCAGAAUUAGGCGUCGUUUAUGUGCAACAACUGAAUGCGGCGAACACAUCAAUACAAAGAAUAAAAAGACUCAGAAAUCUGAAGAACAGAAGCAAGCGAUAUAUUAUCGACGAUUGGCAUUACUAGCACAUGAAGACAAAGACCUUCUACAUAACUUCAUUUGCGAAGCAGUACAUCCAGAUAGCAUUCUUCUGUUAUGUUUCAUACAUUCUCAUGCCGGUGGGAUGGUUACAUCUGAUAUUGUAUUCGCACUUUGGGCUGAUUAUUUGAAAGCAAAGGAGUCAAGAAGGCGUAAAUACCAAUCGAGAGUUAUGCAUGCCAGCGCACCUGAUGCACCACUCUGGGAAAAAAACACAACGGUACUGAAUGGUAACAAAUAUUUUAAUAUGUGUUCCCCAAAAAUAGAUUCAGCAAUUAUAGAUGCUGGUUCGUUUUUGGAACCAAACGAGGAAUAUGCACAGGUGAUUGAUUCUGUGGAUUUAUGUCCAUCUGCAGUGUAUGCUCGUAAAAUUGAUAAUUAA